GGGUGAAGAUCGGUCACUACGUGCUGGGAGACACGCUGGGGCCUCUGAUGCAGAAGCAUUCUUGUGCACAGGCAGUCACACGUGCAAGCAAAUGGGGUAGCAGCUAAAGGCACUCACGCCGUGUCCCAUUUGGUGCUACUUUUUAGAGUUCAGGGUCAGCAUUACCACCUAACCCUUAUGGCUGUUUGGGAUUUUUAUUUUUGUAGCACAGUGUGCAAUGCUGCUCCUCUUCUCAGUGUCAAAUCCAUCCCCCUUGCUCACCCCAACAGUGUCCUAGUUGCUAGUUCUAAGCUGAGGUGGAACUUACCUGAGUACUUGUCACUAAAAAACAAGAAGCAUGCUCAAAUCCCCUUUCUAAUAGUGCUGCUCAGCCUUCCCUCCUCCCCUGGGCUUUUAAUUUGGGGAGGUAGCGAGAAGGAAAGAGAAGGCUUCCUCACCACCCGAGACCACCAUUGCCCAUCCUUGGGGUGAGGAGAGGAUGAACCCCUUCGAGACGAGCUGCACAAGAAUCCCCUUCCAUGCCUUUGGGAGGCACAGGACCUCAUCUGGGGCUGGAUCGUCCCCACAACGUGCUCCAGCCCGGGGAGUCAGAGCCAGUGACUCCGUGAGCAGAGGGAAGGUUGUCCUUACUGCCCCAUGUCAAAAUUCCUGCAUCUUCAGGCUGCAACCGGAGAGACCUGAAAGGCUUAAAAGUCUCCCACCACAUAGCAAAUUAUGUUCUCUCUUUGUCUCUAUCUUUCAAGGCGUUCGAGUAGGCUUAACAAGCCACUGGGGACUGAAACAAUAAUAUCUCUGUAUCUAAUGCUUACUGUAAGCAAAAGAUGGAUUACAAAAUAGACUGUUUAUUUUUAAUUAUUAAUGUGUUUGAGCUAGCAAACCUUCACAGAGUUACACAUUGUUUGUUAUGGAUGGAAAGGAGAUGAACUAUUCGGCAAUGGUAUUAAAAACAAUGAUUAUUCAUUCUGGGCACGGCCAAUUUUUUUUUUUAUUCCCGAGUGUAUAAUAAAAUUUUCUCAAAACAUACACUGGGAUAAGGCCAGAAAGGGUUGUCUUGAAACAAAGGAUGGCAGAAAUCAUGGUUUUCCUACUAGUUCAACAAUAAACCUCUUUGCUUUGUUGUUCCUCAGUUUCCCAGCUAAUGGCUUAGUGCAUUAUAAUUCUUUAAUGGAGCUGAAUGAUUCAAGGGCAGCUUUUAAAGUACAGCUUCUGUGGUCCCAGGAAAGAGAGAGCGGAGGUAUCACAGUGCUGUAGUUGACCAAAUCAAAUGCUGCUAAUAAAAGCCUUGAUCUCAAGGGUGUCUGCUGAAGUUGUCUUACACCCCUCUGUCAUGCCUUCCCCAGCCUCCUCAGUGUAACAUACUGUGCAUAUACCAUGACAGCCUUGGCAAAGAGAGAUCAGUGUCUUUUAUAUGAAUACUAUUGGCACAACUUGGGGAGAAUUUCUUGCAGUGAACGAAGAAGCUGUACCCCGGCCCCCUUGUGAGCCCUGGUAAAGCUUGAGCAUACUUUCGUACCCCUUGCACACACGCUGCUUUGCAGAGUCUUGCUUCAGCAAAGCCUCCCUGCCAUGGGGCAGGUCCAACACUGCCUUCUUCUCCUCUCCAUCUCCAUCUCCUCAAGGAUGCAACGGGGAAAAUGCCUCCUGGGACUAUUUGCAGCUCUCUCCUUUUACCGCACAAGAGGAAUUAUCUGCCUCCUCCAGCCCUCAGCUAAUCCCCAAAUUCCAUCUAUACUGCAGAGCUUGGUUUAUUUUCAUUUCAUCUAGUAGUUUUAAGUAUUGCGAAGAAUAAAAUGGACAUGCAAAGUGCUGCUUUAAUUUUCAAGGGCAGUAAAGUGUUUUAUUUUUAGAAUGCUCUUAUUGAGGAAGGAAUCUCUGGCAGGUCUUAUCUGGUGGCUAAUAAUAGUGACCUGGCGUGCCCCAAGCGGUGCCGGUGCUGCCACCCUGCCCUUCUCAUGCCGUCUGCUUGUGCCGUUUGCUUCUGAUCAGCUCAUUAGAGCCUCCAAAAUUACAGAGUCUAAGAAUGUAAUAACAAGGUUUGCUCAUAAUUAUUAACUCCUUGUGCUCUAUGUUAUUACUGGAAGGGUAACGUUCGUAAUUAACACAAAUAUUUACUGUAAGCAGGUUUUCUGUGCAGCCUUUAGAAAACCAUCUGUAUGUCACCAUUUUUAAUAUCACAUUAUAAAAUACUGAGAAGGGGUAGCUCAUGGCCAGAGAAGCCUUUUAGAUAUAAACAUCCAAUUGACAAUUUUAAAGCAGUUUCUGCUGUUAACUUCAAUAUAAAUCUUGCUUCCUAGGAGCUUUUUAUUUCUUGCGUAGGCUGUUUAUUGAUAACAAAUGGAUCAAAUGCUGAAUUUGUUUCACAUUAUUGUUAAGUUAAUGCAAUUCCCCCAGUGACAAUGGUGUUACUCCCAGUUUGUGGUUACUGUUUGCCCCUGUAGACAGGAGAGAAGCAUCAGCAUCUCAGUGCACAAAGUGCAUAUUAUACAAACCCAUACUGAAGUUUGUGUCUUUUCUAAAACCAGAACUUGCUCUUGCAGUACAGCAGUGUUCCUGCAGCUUGUCAUCAAACCAAGAAGCAUUCUUGAGGAAGUAUAAACAGAAAUUCAUUUUAGUAAUACAAAUCCUGCAGUCCUAUUUUGGGCAGGGAAAAUCCCUGUAUCAUUUUUUUUAAAGAAGUGCGAUGGUCUGAUUUUAAGACUGGGUUUAUUAGGGAUUUAAUCAACCAGUGUGUUAUGGUGGAGAUUCGCCUCUGCCAUUUAAAUAUAUGUUUCUGAUUGAUCUAGCUUUAACAUGCUAUCAAUCCUUGCAAAUUAUCUUUGGGUAUGACCUCCUCCAGUACCUCGCUCUGUUUUAUUUACUUGAGGAUUUCUUGCAGAUAAGUCCCCUCUCUUCUGUCUUCUAUGACUCCACUGGGAAAACAAUAAAGUGAAGAGACAAAAACUAAGUUUAAAAUAUUUCACGCCCUUGUCCUUUGUUUUUUUCCCUUUAAGAGUUGCUUUUUGCUUAUAAGUCAGUGUCCUAAAUUGCUUGCAUGAAUCUUUCUACUCCAUUUAGUGACUUUUUAAUGCUCUAUUUCUAACAGUUGGCGAACACCAGCUGACGGGGCACAAAGUAGCAGUAAAAAUACUCAACAGACAGAAAAUACGCAGCCUGGAUGUGGUUGGGAAGAUCAAACGAGAAAUUCAAAACCUUAAACUCUUCCGGCACCCUCAUAUUAUCAAACUGUACCAGGUCAUCAGCACACCAACGGACUUCUUCAUGGUCAUGGAAUACGUAUCUGGUGGUGAAUUAUUUGAUUACAUCUGUAAGCACGGACGUGUUGAAGAGGCAGAAGCUCGACGCCUUUUCCAGCAGAUUCUCUCUGCGGUGGACUACUGCCACAGACACAUGGUUGUCCACCGGGACCUGAAACCAGAGAACGUGCUGCUGGAUGCACACAUGAAUGCAAAGAUAGCCGAUUUUGGAUUGUCCAACAUGAUGUCGGAUGGUGAAUUUCUACGCACCAGCUGUGGUUCCCCAAAUUAUGCAGCCCCUGAAGUCAUCUCUGGAAGGCUUUACGCUGGCCCGGAGGUGGACAUCUGGAGCUGCGGCGUUAUCCUCUACGCCCUUCUCUGCGGCACUCUGCCCUUCGAUGAUGAGCACGUCCCCACCCUCUUCAAGAAGAUCCGAGGAGGCGUGUUUUACAUCCCCGAAUACCUCAACCGCUCCGUUGCCACUCUCCUCAUGCACAUGCUGCAGGUUGACCCCCUCAAGCGAGCCACCAUCAAGGACAUCAGGGAACACGAGUGGUUUAAGGAGGAGCUGCCCAGUUACCUGUUCCCAGAGGACCCUUCUUACGACGCCACCGUCAUCGACGACGACGCGGUUCGGGAAGUUUGUGAGAAGUUUGAAUGCACGGAGUCGGAGGUGAUGAACAGCCUGUACAGCGGUGACCCUCAGGACCAGCUCGCAGUGGCUUACCACCUCAUCAUUGACAACCGGAGGAUCAUGAACCAAGCCAGCGAGUUCUACCUCGCCUCCAGCCCCCCCACCGGCUCCUUCAUGGACGACAGCACCAUGCACAUCCCUCCCGGGGUGAAGCCGCACCCCGAGCGGAUGCCGCCGUUGGUGGCGGACAGCCCCAAAGCGCGAUGUCCUUUGGAUGCCCUCAACACCACAAAGCCAAAACCCCUCACUGUCAAAAAGGCCAAGUGGCACCUGGGAAUCCGCAGCCAGAGCAAACCCUAUGACAUUAUGGCCGAGGUGUACCGUGCUAUGAAACAGCUGGACUUCGAGUGGAAGGUGGUGAACUCCUACCACCUCAGAGUGCGCCGCAAGAACCCGGUGACGGGCAAUUACGUGAAGAUGAGCCUGCAGCUCUACCAGGUUGACAACCGCAGCUAUCUCUUGGACUUCAAAAGCAUCGAUGACGAUGUGAUGGAGCAGAGGUCUGGCUCGUCCACGCCGCAGCGCUCCUGCUCGGCCGCCGGCUUGCACCGGCCGAGGCUCAGCAUCGACGCCGCCGCGGCCCCCGAGUGCCAGUCGCUGAUGGGCUCUCUGAGCGGCUCCUUCGUCGGCAGCAUCCCCGCGGUGACGCCGCGCCUGGGGAGCCACACCAUGGACUUCUUCGAGAUGUGUGCCAGCCUGAUCAUGGCCCUGGCUCGCUGACGGGCAGCACCGAGGCCCCGGUCCCUCUGCACACGGUAUUGCACUGUGAGGAUCUGGUCCGGCUUGUCUGUUCCUUGUUUCUUCUGCUUCGUUCCUCCUCCUCCACCCCUCACGGCUCGAGCCAAUUCCAGACCCAAAACAUACUCCCCUCUAAUAAGGCACUGAGGAAAUUAAGAAUAACUUAAUUUCACUUGUUAUACCGUGGUGAAAUAUAUCCAAUACCCUUUUUUUUUCCCCUAGUGAACCAAAUGGGAAAUGCUGGCAUGGCUGUAAAGUAGCAAAUGCAUUACUGAGUUUUUAGAAAACACCUCCUCCUGAUUCACCCUGACUCAACAGAGCCACGGCCAAGCUUUCUGCAGUGUAGGUAGCGUGCAGUGAGGUUGAUGUUGUAUCCCCUUUGCUGUGCAGAGCAGGGGCAGGGUGAGCUGAGCCGGGUCAGAGGGGUUGGCCAGGAGCUACAGGAAAUGAAGUAGCUGUGCGACAUUCGCACCCAGGUGCUGGUGGGGCUGCCAGUCUCUGGUAACACUUUCCUCCUAAGACUAGCAGCUGCUUAGACACUUCUGCACUAGUGCAGUAUGCCAUCCUUCCCCCUCUGUCUUUUUUUUCCCCUGGUAAAAAUGGGGAGGGAAGGUGGGAUGUGCAAAGGCCCUGCUGCAAACGCGCCGUGGGAAAGCCUCCACGUGUCAAGUCUUUGCAGAGGAGUGUCCCAUAAGUUGCUUUUUUUCCUCCCUUUGAGAGUCCCGGACGGCACUGAUCUGCUCACCCUGUUCAAAGGGGAAGGCUGCUUGCCUUUUUCCCAGCCCUUAGUCGUCACCCACCCCCACAACCCGCUCACCCUCCCCGGCCACACCGCCAGCUCCGGGGGCCGAAUCCCAAGCAGGGUUCGGAUGAGCCACCAAUGGAGAGCAGGGUGCCAAUGGGCCACCCAAAAACCCGGCCCUUUGCCCACGCUUUGCCCGAGGGUGGGGAUCAUCACUGCCGGGUGAGAGCCAGCCGCAUCGCCCCGCUCCAAAGCAUUUACCUCUCACCUUUCCUGUAGGAAGCCUUCGCCCGUUGCCACCACUCUAAAAUCACUGCCAAAUCUGCCUUCCCCGCCGUCCCCCCUCGCAGCUUCACGCUGUCAGAGACUCGCUCUUCACGCCGAAGGGCUCUCCCAUCCCGCUGCUGCUCACCGGACUGUGACCUCUGCUGAUAAGGCAGGGAUAUCUGAAUUCAGAGUUUUACUGUUUCUUUACUACUGGCUAUCUGAAGGAUAGGGUUUUAUUUUUUAAGACAAAACUAUGGGGUUUUUUAAGGUUAAAUUCUUGUUAUUCAAGGGUAAACUCUAAUGCAUGUGUGACUUCUUUGUUUAAAAGAAUUAUUAUUUUUUAUUACACAGGCUUAAUCUAAUGGGCAACGUUGGCAUCUGCUUGGCUUUGCUAUGGUAUUUAAUUCCAUUUAUUUGAUUGCAAAGGAACAUAAUAGUCUAAUCAGUCAAGGAACAAAUGCUUUAUGAAAACGUUGCCAAAAAAAUCCUGGGUGGGUUUUUUUUUUCCUUUUUUUUUUUUUUUUUUGGUGUGUUUUGUUUUAAGAAACAAAGCAAAGGAGAACUUUUGCUGGUCCCAGGUCAUUCAACUUUUAAAAAAAAUGGAAUCCAUCUUUUUGAUAGCUUCUUAUGACCCAUCGAGGUUUUUUCUAGUUUUUUUUGUACAGUUGCACUUUAACUUAUACUUUCUGCAAGUUUCUAUGAGAAGCAAGGAAGAGAUGAGCACAUUAAGCCUUUUGUACUAAUCAUUUUAAGUAAUGAGGACAAGUACAGGAUAUUUUUGCCAUCUACUGGCAGUUAAAUGGACAUUUUCAGCUCAAAGUCCCUUUUUUUAAAAAACACAAAAUUGCCUUACUUUUGUUACAGAUUAUGCUUGGAUUCUCACUAACGUGACUUUACAGCUCAAAUUUUUCCAGAAGCCUCACAAAGUAGAAAGCUUCCAAAAAAAAAAUCAGUUUUGCUGUUAAAUUCUCAUACACUAAAUCCAACACAGCAGUGGUUGGAUUAUAAACCUGGCAGCAGAACAAUUUUGUUUUUAAAAGAAAUACUGGAAAUAUUUGUAGUACUCCUAGGUUUUGUAACGAGCUUUUUAUUAUAUUAUCGUUGUUAAAUAAAUGCUCUGGGGUGGAGGAUGGCUUUGGUACUGUGCCUGGUGGCUAUCGGAUGAUGCGUGUCUCCAGUACUGUGGUGUGAGCACGUCAUACCCGGGGAGAUGGAGAAUCCAGACUCCUGCAUGCAAAAAAUCCCACCCCAGAGCCAAAGCUGAGCAGCACCCAGCUCUUUAGCAGCUUUGGGAUCAGUGCUGAGACACGAGCAAACAGCCCUAAAUGGUUUUGGGUGCUGGAGAUAAGCCCCUUUGGAAAGGAGCAGGAGAGGGCGGCUGAGCGGCCGCAGGGACAGACAUUAAUUUCCAUCCUGGAAACAGCUACAAGUGUCCAUACCCCCACGGCGAAAUGUAUUUGAAAUGUAAAAGGCUGUUUAAAUCAUCACUCACACCUGAGCACCUUGCCAAGUUGCUUGUCCUGGACACACCAGUAGCCCUGUUGAUAAGGGGCUGGUGCAUUAGAUAUAAUCUGCAGUUGAGAAGCAUGUAGCUGUACAGAUGUCUUGCCUUAAAACGGCACUUGUCCUCUGGGAUUUCCUACCCAGCAGAACUAAUAGUAUUAAGCAGCAGCAAAUGCCCUUGGGAGGAAAUAUUUGCUUCCUGGAGGCGAGUGGGAUUUCUAGGUGGUAGAAUAAGCUCUUGUGGCACUUGACAUCUUCUCAGACCCAUGCAAACAUUAACUCAUCUAUGGCUCUGUAAAACCAGUCCUGCCUAGAAGGCGCUAAGAGUGGCUCGGCUUCCCGUAUGGAGAGACACAAAGAGAUGAAGCAACUUCCCUGCUCGAUGUCAGCAGCGGCAGUGGAGCGAGUAGGUCUGAUGUACCUCUGCAAUGAACACACUGGAUUGAACUGUCCAUUACAGCCUUACCCAAAUCCACGCUGCGUUUUGAAAUGUUCCGAGAAGUUUCACUUUUUUUUUUUUUUUUUUUAAUUUUAUUUUCCCUCCAAAUAGGCAGUUUUCUGGUUCCCAGCUGCAAAGAAGCUGCUGACCUCCGGUUAGAUUUUCCAGAGGAAAAGUUUAACUGUUACACUGUGGUCAGUUUUUUUGAGUUAUGUUGGCACAUGCUUGAGCAUCAGGAAAAGCAGGGUAGACGUAUUUGAACUACAGAAACUUGAAUGACUCCAAGUGCAAUUCUUCAGAAGCCACUGGGCAGCUGUGCUUUGCAAGCCACAAACUCACCCAAACUUUGCUGCAGCCUGAGGAGGAGAGAGACAAAAUGCAAAGGAUAUAGAGUUCAGAGAGGCUCCAGCAUUAACCUCCAGCUCCUGGAGGAGUUAAUUCAGAAAUAGCUUGUACUGUACUAGUUGGCAAAUAUAUAUAUAUGUAUAUAUUACAUAUGUAUACGUAUAUAUAUUAAAAAAAAAGUAGGUAGCAUCCCCGUCAUUGGCCUCUCGGUUUUACUUGCCCAGCGGGGUAGGUGUGUGCCCUGGACUCCUGCCAUCGCGCACGCUAAUCCUGGCAUGCGAGAGGACCCGGAGAAAGGGGAUGGUAUUUUUACACCCUCUUCUAGGUAAACCCCAUGAAUAGCUUAGCUGACCCCGUUGGACCCAGCGUGCCUCAUCCAGGGAAGGGAGGAGCGGUGGUGUCGGGAGCCACGAGCCACCCUGCCCUCCCACCCCCCCUGGCCAAAGCCCUGGUGCCAGCGGGGUUUAGGGCAGUUUUAUUUUCAGGAGUCAGAGCUGAACAGGCAAAGGCAGCAGGAUUUUUUUUUUUUUUUUUUCUCUUAACGGGUCAGAAAUGCAUCUUCAGCGUGUGCAUCCAAGUUAGCAUUUCAUAAGGUGUGUAGAAGCACAGGGGUAUAUACGGACAGUGUUGUAAAAAAUGAAGCAACUGGUUAGUAUUUGCUGUAUAUACUUUUUUUUUGGUGUGUGUGUGCGAUUGUAAUGCCAUUCAUAUUGGAAUAGAUUAAGUUCGAACAAAAUAACCAUUCUGUCUACUCCUUUUCAUUUUACUGCUCUUUACCAUCAGUCAUCUUGGGUGGACUAAGGAAGAGAUCCCUGUACGCAGGACAUGAAAUCGUGCCUUCGACACACAUUAGGACUGCUGGAAGCCACAGCUUUAUUUCACGAGGUGCACAAAUCUCCCAGCUUAUGCAGAAUCCCACCGGUGAGACAUGCAGGCCGUGUUUCUAAAUACUUGAAGUACCAUUUGUUGUGCAAUUACUUGGCUUCACCCUUUUAGUAGCUGAGAGGAGAGGGGGAAGAAGAAUCGCACAUCUGCUGAUCUUCUGAUGAGCCAAACAAAUUCCCACUCCAGCUCCUGCAGUAUUUUCCUGGAGAGUUUUAGGAUCCAUUUUUGUUUCAGGUAUAUGAUGUACCUACUAGCAUCACCUUUCUUAAGGUCUUACUUCAGUAUGGGCUUUCCAUUUAGUGCUUUCCUUUGGCUUCCUUAGCCCUUCCCUUAUAUAUUCCUUUUUAUCAUUCACUUCUUAAAAAAGCAACAGCUUCCUGUAAUUCUGAAUUUCCAGUCUGCCUCUUGGACAUGGAGCUAACGAUUCAUUCAGAGGUACCUCACUCCCAUGCCUGAGAGAUGAACUGGUUUUCAGAAUUGCUACAUUCUACCUAUUGACCAAACACUGACUUUUGCUGAGAGCAAACCUGGUAUUACAUGUAUUCAAUGCACAUAUCUUUGCUCGUUUUGAUCAUCAGAGUUAGGAGAACUGGAUGGUAAACCAGAGCUCAAGCUGCAAAGCACGAGUAAAAUUCUGAUGUUACAAAAAGUCUGUUUUAAACAAAAGCCUUGAAAUUCCUGCUGAAGCUGCCUUAAUUUAAAAAUCAAAGUUUAUUUCUAAGACUCAUCUCUAUGAUUUUUUUUCAAGUUUUGAAAUAGUUUAUUUAUCCUCAUCUCACGAGGCUGUGAAGUAGAUACUGUAGGCAUUGUAAUAUUUAUUCUUGUUGCUGAAAGCAUGUUCAUGUGUUCAGUAUCAUGUUAUAUUCACGUGUUUUGUACCUCAAUGCAUUUGUUUUUUUUUUCUUUCAGAGCACAAAGCAAAACUGAAUCCCAGGAUAACUGUAGUGUCCGUGGCCCAACGUCUUUGGGCAGACAAACCUCAGCUCUAUGAGAGAGAUGAACCGGACUAGCCCAUUGUAAUUUUUUGUUUGUACUAUAAGGAGUAUUUAUAUUAUAUAUUUAUAUUUUUUUUUCUUAAAAUACUGAACUUUAAAAAGCUCUGAGUAUAAGCAUCCCUUAAAACAUAUAAUUAAUUUGAAGCUUAGAAAAAAAUUCUGAGCUCUAUAAAUACUCCAUCCUUCUUGGUAUUUUCUAUUUUGUCAACUGAUGGACUGGAGAAUGUUUUGUUUUCAAAUUAAUUGUUUUAAUAAUUUCUGGGGCUAGCUGUUGUGGAAGGGCACAGAGCCUAGGUUCAGUUUUGUCCUUUGUGCAAGUAACUGUGCAUUAGAUAAUCACAACGAAGCCUUUUACCUUCCAUUUAUGGUGUGGAAAGUGUUUCUUGGUGUACUGCACUGCAUGUGAUAGCUGUCUCCAUGGUUGACAUUUGCACUUUAAUAAACUCAGAGAUGAAAAGAG